AUAAAAAGAAAAGGAAAACAGAAAGAAAUAAUAAUAAAGAAGAAGCUGAGGCCUGAGGGUAACGGCUCAAAGAAAGCUAAACAACAACAGCCAGAGAAAGUAACUGACAAACCCACCAGAUACGGCCACCGCCGGGGACGACCGAACGGGCAUAGAUUUCACAGGCAGCUCUCCCAUAUGGGUGCUUCAGAAGAACCGAGAUUUUCUGUCUUCUUAGGUAAUGGAGGGAGGGGGUAAAGAAAACGAAGCGAAAGAAGAAGGUGAGAAGGAGAACAAAGUUAAUGUUGAUGUGAAGGAUGCAGAGAAACAGGAAGUGGGUCUUCAAGAAAAAACUGCUGAAAGCUCUACUGGAAGAAGAUUCAAUGUGUCCAGAUUGAGGAAUUUGAACCCUUACAAUCCUCUAAGGAUAGCCUUUCAGGGUGCUCGAGUUCCAAAUCUCUCCCGACCGCCGGUUGCCUCCCGGGUUGCAACUCCCUCUCCUGCACAGACUGCACCGACGCCGACCCCACAGCCACAACAACCGUUCAAUACACUGAGUUCAAGGUCUUACACGAACCGAAUCUCUCUGUUUCUGUUUCUUCUGCACAUGGUUGCAGCAGUUGGGCUAGUUUUUUUUCUUGGAUACAAGGCAGUUCAAGGGCUCUUGAAAACAAAUAGCACUCAAAGAAGAGAGAAACGGAUACUAGAGUUCUGGUUGCCACAGGUUGAAGUCUCAGCGAUUCUAAGCAUUUUUCUUGCCUUUGUAUGGCAAAAGGCAGUUAGGGAAUGGCCUCAAAUCAUGGUUAGGGUCAUACUAUGGAGCUGCUUUGUGACAUCGCUGGCUGCAGGGAUUCUUCUGCUUUGCUUCCAGAGGGCAACUACAGACGUCGUCGGAGUUGCCUUUAUCUGCUUCGCAGUCGGUAAUGGCCUCUAUGCUUGUUGGGUUUCUCAUAGAAUUGGUUUCUGCGCAAAAGUCUUCGUAAAAUCACUCGAACCAGUCCCGAAAUUCUCUGAUCUCAACCAACCUACUUACUGGAUGCUGGGUAUUGGAUUCAUGUGGAUUACUCUCUGGGUUGUAGCAGUGAUUGGAGCCCUGAAUUUCUACUUUCCCCCCUUGAUCGUGAUUGCACUGUUCUUGAGCUUAGCUUGGACGGCUGAAGUGAUGAGAAAUGUAUCCAAUUUGACAGUUAGUCGGGUUAUAGCUCUAUAUUAUCUUAGAGGAAUGCAGUCAAACACCCAAUGUUGCUUCCAAAGAGCGAUGACUAGGAACCUUGGAAGCGCUAGUCUGGGUUCCCUCUUUGUGCCAGCAAUCGAAGCUCUGCGAAUUGUCGCUCGGGGUCUCAAUUUGCUCGAAGGCGAAGAUGAGUUCAUGUUCUCUUGUGCCCAUUGCUGCCUCAGAGUCAUGGAGAACAUCUUCAGAUAUGGCAAUGGCUGGGCUUAUGUUCAGAUAGCUGCAUAUGGAAAGGGGUUUGUUCAGGCAUCACAGCAGACAUGGGAGCUGUUUGAGAAGCAAGGGAUGGAAGCCAUCGUAGACGCCGACAUGACCAGCGCAGUUUGCUUCCUGACCGGAGUAUGCAGCGGGUCCAUCUGCGUGCUUUCCACCGCAUCGUGGACUUGGGCGGUCCACAAGGGCUUCACUGCCACUGUUUCGCUCCUGACCUUUUUCAUCGGAUACCUCUUGACUCGGAUCGGCAUGGCAUUGCCACAGGCUUGCGUUAGUUGUUACUACGUCUGCUACGCCGAGAACCCCCAGAACCGGCUAUUUGACAGGACCAUCCAGGACCGGAUCGAGAUGAUAAAAUCCGGCCAAGAUGUCGUCGUGCCGACUCCCCGAUUUUCAAUUCCUCGUCGCUUCACGGUAUAGAGCGUCAUCUAAUCGAACCAAGCCGAGUUUUUGAAGGAUCAGUGUCGUGGGUCCCAAUCGAUUCGAACCGUGGGCUCGCCAACUGCCAGCCCUUACUAAACCGGUUCGAGCUAGCCCCACUAAAUUGAGACUGUGAGAUCCCUAACAACAUGGUGGUGGUGACACUGAUCAUGAUGAUGAUUGUGACCGUUGAUUCGUUACUGGAUCUUAUGGAUCGUGGAAGGAAGAGGAGGGACCCACUACAAAAACAAGAUUGUCUUGAUGUCCUUUCUUUUGUAUUAUACACAGAGAUUCAACCUUCGAUGUAAUUAGCCACUUUGUUAUUUUAUUAAUUUUUUAUAUCUCCGAUAUGCGAUCAGCUGCUGGAGUUCGGAUCAGCUGUCGGUCGUCUUUGGUCAAGAAAUGGUCUCUCUCUCUCUCUCUCUCGAGGGUCCAUGUCUAGGGUUUACAUGGGUCAGAAUAGCCCUUGGAUUGAGAUUUUUUCUUCCUGUGAUCAGGAUUCAGGACCGAUAAAGAUAAAAGAUUCUAAUCCAUGAGUUUUAUGGGCA